AUGCCCAAGAAGCAGAGCCUCUGGCAGAGGCUCUUCUCCGCCGCCCUCGGAACUCGGCCUCCGAUCUCCCGCCGAGACACCGCCACCGCCACCGCCGUGACCGAAUCCGAAUCGACACCGCACCCUACCACGCUGCACCACCACGGCAGGUCCUCCCAUCCUUCCAUGGCAGAUAAGCUCGCCGCCGGGCAGACCCUCGUCCUCGACGUGGACGCCGGGCUCCUCCUCCCGUCGUCGGCCUCCCCCUUCCCCCACUUCAUGCUCGUGGCGCUGGAGGCCGGAGGGUACCUACGAGGACUCGUACUUCUCCUUCUCUACCCAAUCAUGUUCUGCAUGGGCGGCGACAGCGACGCCGCCGUGAGGAUGAUGGCCAUGGCGGCCUUCUGCGGGUUGCGCGCGGGCCCGUUCCUCGCUGGCCGCGCCGUGCUGCCCAAGUGGCUCAUGGACGACGUGGCCGCCGAAGGCUUUGAGACGAUGAGGGUGAGUGGUGCCGCCGGCGGGCGGAGGGUGUGCGUGGCGAGAAAGUUGCCGAGGCUGAUGGUAGAGGGGUUCCUGAGGGAGUACCUCGGCGCGGAGGCGGUCGUCGGGAAGGAGAUGAAGGUGCUCUGGGGGUUCUACACAGGUCUAAUGGAGGAGCAAGACAAGGUGAUGUUGGAGGAGGUGGAGAAGAUCAUGCUGGAGGGUAAUGAUGCCGUGGGAUUCUCUGGGUCGCUCGAGUUUCUCCAGCAUCCCCUCGCGCGCUGUUGCAAGAAUGUCUACCUCGUGACACGAGACGACAGAGCCACAUGGCAGGCGCUGCCGAGGAGCAUGUACCCCAAGGCCAUGGUGUUCCACGACGGCCGCCUCGCAUUCCGGCCGACGGCCGGCAGCACACUCGCCAUGUUCAUGUGGUUGCCAUUUGGUGUUGCCCUUGGAGCCGCCCGCCUCACCGUCGCACUCACCGUGCCAUAUCGAUAUUCCACACCGAUCCUGGCAUCCACCGGCAUGUCAUGGCGCCUAAAGGCCGGCGAGCGGCCGACACAGCUGGGCGCCGACGGUGAGCGAGGACGUCCGCGCGGGCAGCUGUAUGUGUGCAACCACCGCACGCUCAUCGACCCGGUGUACAUAUCGGUGGCGCUGGACCGACCGGUGCGGGCCGUGUCGUAUAGCCUCAGCCGCUUCUCGGAUCUCCUCUCGCCGAUCGGCCGCACCGUGCGGCUGGCACGAGACCGCGACGUUGACGCGGGCAUCAUGGGCCGCCUCCUGGACAGCGGCGACCUCCUCGUCGUCUCCCCCGAGGGCACCACCUGCCGGGAGCCGUACCUGCUCCGGUUCAGUCCGCUAUUCGCGGAGCUGAGCGACGACGUGGUACCCGUGGGCCUCGCCACCGAGACGGGCAUGUUCUACGCGACCACUGCGGGGGGACUCAAAUUCCUGGACUCGCUCUACUACAUGGUGAAUCCGAGGAUGUGCUACACGGUACAGUUUCUGGAGCGGGUGAGCACGUCGGCGGUCAGGGAGAGGAAGGUGCCGAGCACCGACAUGGCCAACCUCGUGCAGAGGAAGAUGGGGCAUGCGCUCGGAUACGGCUGCACCAUGUUCAACAGGAAGGACAAAUACCUCAUGCUUGCGGGCAACGACGGCAAGUGCUCCAUUGCUCCUGCAGUGAGGAGCUAG